UCAGUAACUUGAGUAUCAUAACAGGUCAAUAGUUUGCUUGCAAUCUAGGGUAUUUCUUCUUGUGUCUUUGCACUCCUCUGUUUCCUCUGUUUUCAUCUUCAAUGGAUUACACAUUAUAGUGAGUUGCUCCAAUAAAAUAUACCAAAUACAGAGUAUCUACAUAGAUUAAACCCUACAAAUGAUUAGAACAUCCACACAAGUCAACAUAGAUGCCUUAUAAUACUAAUUCCACCUCCCUUGCUUCAUGUUCAAAACCUAAAAUCCUCCUUGACUUUAGCAAUUUUGAGGAUUAAAGCACAAGCUUCCAACUGGACUCCAAUUACUUGAGUAUAAUACAGAAUGAAUGAGUUGUGCAGUUCACGCGUAAAUUCUUCUUUAUAUUUCUCCUCUGCCAAACAACUCUUUCCCCCUCUUGAUUCUAAUAUUCUUGUUUAUCUGAAAUUUUGAUUUUGGGUAACAUGGCUAUACAAAGUGACCCUCAUAGUGCUCCUGAAGCAAUCCUAGAGAAUGUUUGGGCAAGCUUUAUUGGGACUGAUGAAGCUAACAAGGAAUCAAUCAGCAGUAUUACUACACAAUCACAAUCCCGUGAACAACUUCCUUCUCUUGAGAGAGAUGAAUCAAUGGAGAUUCUUCAAAGGCUACCAAGUCUAGGCAGGUGGAUAUCAAUGGGAGCUGAGGCUUGGGAAGAACUUCUUGAUGAUAUUGUUGUUCCUACAACCAAACAAGACCAAUCUUGCAAUAUUGAUAACUCUGCAACCAAAAGCACCACUACCACCGCCACCACCACCACCACUUUAGGCUCUAAAGUGAAUGAUGUGAAAGCAGAAAAGGUGGAAACAAGACACUACAGGGGAGUGAGGAGGAGGCCGUGGGGGAAGUACGCGGCAGAGAUUAGAGAUUCAAGGAGGAAAGGAGCUCGAGUAUGGCUCGGUACUUUUGAGACAGCAGAGGAAGCUGCAUUGGCUUAUGACAAGGCUGCUUUGAGAAUUAGAGGUCAAAAGGCAUACCUCAACUUCCCACAUGAAAAAGUUGCAAAGGCUAUUGGCAUGGCCUGCAAAGGAAAUGAUGCUAUACACUAUUUAUCUGCAACUUCUCAAGGGAGUACUCAUGACUCUAACUCCAUAUGUUCUGAGAGCAAUUAUAGGUCUGAUUCACAGAAGAGAUCAUCCAGAAAUUGGGAUGAAAACGAUGAGAUUAGGUUGUUUGAACAACCUGCAGCAAAGAGAAUGGCUUACAUGGAAGAAAUAUUUGACAAUCAAUUUGAGUUCCAGGAUCUGGGGAGUGAUUUCUUGGACAGUUUGCUGGCUUCCUCAUGAAAAAAAGUUGACAGAGAAAUACAAGCAGAAAAUAUUCAUGAUAUAUAUAUAUGUAUAUAGUCAUAUAAUAUGCACAUUAAUACAUUCUUGCUAGUCAUAUGGGUAUGGACUGUCCUUGUAGGCACACUGUGGCAGUACUAAUUUAUUUGUAGUCAGGAUCUCUAUUCAAUUGUUGCCUUUGUGUAUAGGACGAUAAGUUUACCAAAUUAUUUUUUACUAAUAUCCAGAUGCAUGAAUCGCUUCUGAAUCAGAUUUGACUAAUCUCAUUGCAUUAAUUCAGAAGUUUUGAUCAAACUAGUUUGGUAAUAAAAGACUUUAUCCUUUGUUUA